AUGACUGAGGAAGGGGAGAAAAAACAGGAGCCUUUGCCAAUUGGCCGGAUGCCCGGCGGUGGAGCAGGCGCAUGCGCCAUGUAUCCUGCGCCAUGGAAGGCGCACGGCAGUGGCGGGGAGCAGAUCUCUCCGAACGGCACAACAUUCCAGGCGCACUCCGUCGUCCAUGAAUACCGACAAAACGAACGAAGAGGCGAGAGCUCUGCCCGUGGCGCUGGGCUACACCUCGCGCGCGUUUUUGACCAGGAACAAGAGGAGUCGUCCGUCCAGGAGGCAGACCAGGUAGUCCAGGAAGUCGCGAACGUGGCGUCCAACGAGGCCAGCACCAGCGCCGCGGGCAGUGGCGCGGAAUCCGCCGCCCUGUUCUCGAAAUUGCGUAGCUUCUCCAUUGGCAGCGGGCCCAACUCGCCCCAGCGCGUCGUGUCCAACCUGCGCGGCUUCCUCACCCAUCGCCUGAGCAACAUCACACCGAGCGACACAGGAUGGAAAGACUCGAUUCUGUCGAUUCCGAAGAAAUGGCUCUCCACCGCCGAGUCCGUGGACGAAUUUGGAUUCCCUGACACUCUACCCAAGGUGCCCGUUCCACCGCUGGAUGAGACGAUGGCCGACUAUAUACGCGCCCUGGAGCCGAUCACCACACCGGCCCAGCUGGAGCGGACCAAGGAGCUCAUCCGGCAGUUCACGGAUCCUCAGGGCAUUGGACCGCGAUUGCAUCAAUAUCUGCUGGACAGGCGCGAAACGGAAGACAACUGGGCCUACCACUACUGGCUAAACGACAUGUACAUGAACAUCCGCAUUCCCUUGCCCAUUAAUUCGAAUCCAGGCAUGGUGUUCCCGCCUCGUCGCUUUAAAACAGUCCAUGAUGUGGCCCACUUUGCCGCCCGGCUGUUGGAUGGCCUCCUAAGUCACCGCGAGAUGUUAGACAGCGGAGAGCUGCCCUUGGAGCGCGCUGCCUCCCGGGAGAAGAACCAACCACUAUGCAUGGCUCAAUACUAUCGCCUGCUGGGAUCCUGCAGGCGUCCGGGCGUGGAGCGCGACUCCCAGUAUCUGCCGUCGCGGGAGCGUCUUGCCGACGAAGAUCGUCAUGUGGUGGUGUUCUGUCGCAACCAAAUGUACUGCGUGGUGCUGCAGGCCAGCGAUAGGGGCAAGCUGUCCGAAAGCGAGAUUGCCUCUCAGAUCCUGUACGUCCUGAGCGAUGCACCCUGUCUGCCCGCCAAGCCGGCACCAGUGGGUCUGCUCACAGCCGAACCGAGGAGUCGCUGGGCCCUUGAUCGCGAGAUGCUGCAACAAGAUGAGCAGAAUCAUCGCAAUCUGGAGUUGAUUGAGACCGCCCAGGUGGUUCUGUGUCUGGACGAGCCGCUGGGCGGGAACUUUAAUGCGCGCGGCUUCACUGGCGCCACGCCCUCUGUUCACAGUGCUGGCGAUCGAGACGAGACGAACAUGGCCCACGAGAUGAUCCAUGGCGGCGGCAGUGAGUACAACUCUGGAAAUCGGUGGUUCGACAAGACCAUGCAGCUCAUCAUCUGCACCGAUGGCACCUGGGGCCUGUGCUACGAACACUCCACCUCCGAGGGCAUAGCCCCUGUCCAGCUGCUGGAGAAGAUCUACAAGAACAUCGAGGAGCAUCCGGAUGAGGACACUGGCUUGCCGCAGCACCAUCUGCCGCCCCCGGAGCGUCUCGAGUGGCACAUCAGUCCGCAGAUUCAGGCGCGAUUUGGCCAGGCUUGCCAGAGCGUGGACAAGGCCAUUGACAACCUGGAUUUCUACGUGUACCGCUACCAGGGUUAUGGCAAGACCUUUAUCAAGUCGUGCCAGGUUAGUCCAGAUGUGUACAUCCAGCUGGCCCUGCAACUGGCCCACUAUAAGCUCUACGGCCGCCUGGUGGCCACCUACGAGAGUGCGUCAACACGGAGAUUCCUGCUUGGUCGCGUGGACUGCAUCAGAGCCGCCAGUACGGAGGCGUUGGAGUGGGCAAAGGCCAUGUGCCAAGGCGAGGGCGCCAAUGUUCCCCUGGAGAGCGAUCGCGAGGAUGAGGAGGAGUCACGAAAGGUCAAGUUUAGCAUUUACAGUAAGGACCACCUGCGUGAGCUCUUCCGCUGCGCCGUUGCCCGCCAGACGGAGGUGAUGGUGAAGAACAUUCUGGGUAAUGGCAUCGACAUUCCACUCCUGGGUCUACGAGAGGCCAGUGUGGACGUCACCGGCGAGAUGCAUGAGCUGUUCAAGGACGAGUCCUACAAUAUCUCGCAGUGCUUCCUGCUCUCCACCAGUCAGGUGGCCUGCAGCACGGACAGCUUUAUGGGCUAUGGACCGGUGACGCCCCGCGGCUACGGAUGCUCCUACAAUCCGCAGCCGGAGCAGAUCGUCUUCUGCGUGUCGGCCUUCUAUGCCUGCGAGGAUACGAGUGCCUCGCGCUAUGCCAAGUCGCUGAAGGAAUCACUGGACAUUAUGCGAGAUCUCCUCCAGAACUAGGCGAACUCCGAUCGUUGAUUGUCGGAGCAACAAACAUAUCAGUAAAUGUACCUUGUAGCAGGUUAGCGAACGAAUCUAAGUAAGUGUAACUAGCAACCGCCCGGGCGUUUCAUUUGUGACCAAGCACCACCAAGCGAGCCACCCCCAACGAGGGUGGGAGAUCCAAGAAGGAGGAGGAGGACGAGAACGAGAACGAUAACGAAAAUCGGAAUCGAAAACUAAUGUCAAUCACUACCAUGUUGAGACAGAACUAUAAAUGCAACCCAUUCGCUUUACAUAUCCGUUUACCCCCAAAGGUAACCCCCCAGUAGUGGAAAAUAUAGGGCAACUUUAGUCAAUUAAAUGUUUUAGAGCCAUUUUAUGCGCCAACUGUUAGUGCUGUUAUAUCUGAGUGUGUUACUUGUGCAAUAUCAAAAAAUAUAAUAUAUAUAAAUCGGGGCUAACCGAAUUAGCUGAGCUUACACCUUGUUUAACCCCAACUAAUGUGGGUAUGACAUUGUAUUAAAGUGAAUUAAUUAAAGGUUUUAUAAGAACUUUGAAAGAGACAAUUUAAUAAAGAUAUAUAUCAAUAUCAUUUGCAAAAUAUAAUAUUGAAUUUCUAAAUAUGCAAAAAUGUUAUUUAAUUUAUUUUUUUUGUAUAUUAUAAUUAUUAUAUUUUUGUUUAUUUUGCAUAUUAGUUUUGAAUACAUUAUUAAAUCUUUAUAAUGCAGUGUCAUACCCUCAUAACCACGUCUUUAACUCGAAAGAAAGCCCACAAGUAUGCAAUACUUUAUGUUACAAGAGUUGAGUUUCAAAUUCGUUCUAUAUAUAAAUGUUACAAGAGAUACUACAGCGAAAGCUAAAGCUAAGCAGCAAAAGGAAAAAAAAAAUAGUUAAACUUAAACCCCCCUAUGCUUGUUACUGCAAUUUCUUUGCUGUUCGUUUGAGAAUUUAUUAAUUGAAAUUAUAAACUACUAUAUAGUGUCUGUUGAGAUGUUUCCAUAUAUAUUAUAAUCGUGUUUUAGAGAGCAAAUGGUAUACCGUAACUAAGGGCUUUUUGAAUGGCAUAUAUAUACACAAAACCCUGAAUUAGGCAGAAACAUAGAGGAAUAUCUAUAUCUAGAGAAAAUCAUGUACGCGUAUAGACUUGAGACGUAACAAUACAUAUCAGUAAAUUUACAAAAAUCCCCUAAAAGGGAGCAAGAGGGAUAUAACUAUAUAUAUAUAUAUAUAUGUUUGUCUGUUCAAACCGUUAGUGAAAUGUAUAUGUUUCGGUAGUGAUGGGAGGCUAUCAAUAUUCUACAAGAGCGUUUACAUAAAUAUUAUAUACGUAUGUUAUUUACAAGAGAAAUUAUAUAUGAGAAACGUUAAAGGACAACCAGAUACAUAAUAACAUUAUAAACAAAACUAGUUGCUGUGUUCAUUGUUGCUAUAUAUGUAUGAGUAUCGAGUAUCUUCUAAACUGUUAACCGAACUAUCUAUCCUGUAUUCGAUCUGUGUACCAUUACGUUACCUUAACCUUACCGUUCGGUUUGUCGUUAAGUUUGUGACUUGUUUCCAAUAAAUGUAUGCAAAAAUAAUCACCAAACAAAUAAAAAUAAAGUGAAAUAAAUGCAUUGCGAACCAA